UGGUAGUUAGCAAGGCCUACGGUACGGUGACUUCCUCUAAAUGUGGCCGUCAAAACAGCGCCUUUCACUUCUCAGACAUUCCGACCGCCUCAUGACCGGAGCCGAAGACCUCGCUGCUUUCUGACAGAGCAGCACUGACCGCUGCUGACACUGCAGCAGUUCACUAACCCCGCUUUGCAACUGUUGUCAAAUAUGUGCAAGCGUCAUUCGUUGUCAGCUGCAAUGGGAAUGCAAUUACUUGUUCGCAUGUUUUAGCUAGCUAGCCCAACAAAACUACAAGACGUUGAAGAGAUAAACAGACGGCAGCAUGACGUCAGAGUGUGUAGGCGUGGCUUAGAUAAGACUCAGACUAAACUUUUCAACUUGUUACUAGAUUCCUCAGGUGUUUGUGUCCUAGGUGACACUACAUGGGAACUAAUGUUUGAUUUUACAUUGGCGAUACUGUAUUAUUAACACGCCUUUGCAAAAUAGCCCUCAAUUUAUUUCUAGAUGUUAAAGCGUAGUAUUUUAUACAGCCAGUCGAUGGAGCGACUGUAAAUGUGUUGGUGACAAAAAGAUGGGAGAUGCCCAGUGAGACCUUAAGAGCAUCCUCAGCAUUCGACUGUCUGCCAUCAUGACGACCAGUCACUGCACACUGUUGCCAGAAGUUUUGCCAAGCCAGUGCCUGUCAGUCCAUGUGAGAUCCCAGUCAGAGCUGGACCUUGGUGAAACCAUGUGUGGGUGCUCUGAGGAGCCACCUCUGCCUGGUAAAACCAUGGAGGAGUGCAGCGUGUCCACCAGCGACCAGGUUCAGUACUACGCACAGAUGCCGACUGGGCUGGAAGGUCAACUGAUGUCUGCAGGGAUGGAUGCUUACAGCAAACAGCAUGCCAUACCAGAGAACCCAAUGUGCCGUAUCUGUCAUGACAGUGGAGCCCAGGAAGAGCUGCUGUCCCCCUGUGAAUGUUCGGGGACUCUGGCCACCAUCCAUCGCAGCUGUCUGGAACACUGGCUGUCUGCCUCAGGGACCAGCUUCUGUGAGCUCUGCCACUACCAGUUCACUGUGCAGAGGAAGUCCAGACCGCUUCUCGAGUGGCUACAGAAUCCCGGGCUUCGGCAGGAGAAGCGCACACUGUUUGGUGACAUGGUGUGUUUUCUGCUCAUCACUCCUCUGGCCACCAUCUCUGGCUGGCUCUGCCUUCGUGGUGCCAUAGAUCACCUCAACUUCUCCAGUCGAAUGGAGGCUGUGGGGCUCAUUGCAUUGACCGUUGCCCUCUUCACCAUCUAUCUUUUCUGGACUCUGGUAUCUCUCAGGUAUCACUGUCGACUGUACAGUGAGUGGCGUCAGUCCAAUCAGAAAGUGGUCCUCCUCCUUCCCAGGUCACGCGGUGAUGCCUCGGCGCUGCACUCCUUACAAGGCCUUUCCCAGCGAGGGAAGCAGCCGCUCAAAGAGUCGGUCGUGUGAGCAGAGACCGCUCCGGACAGGCUCUCGUUGGACCCUGUUCGUCUUCUCUUCUCGUUGCACUUUAAAGCUCUGAUGUUUUUCUAGAGCUGAUGUCACGUGUGUGAAUGGCCACAGGUAAGAUGGUCCAAGCAGCACUUUUUUCACAAACUCACUGUGAACAUAGUGAAAGGUUGUCUGAUAGAAGCUGUCAGCUGAUGAAGCAGCCACCCCGGCUCCUGAUUGGGACUGGAGAGUUUCGCUUGACAAACAGAAGUAAAGGCUGUGACAGUAAUCCACAGUAACAGAUCUAUGUAAAAGCUCUUUGAAAUUUGACUUUAAUAAUGGACACAUUAUGGCUCUAGUAUUACUUAAAGAACAGUUUGACAUUUGUAAAGUCCAGUUUCAAAACAAAGGCUGUUCCUUUAAGGACCAUUAACAUGGAGGAAAAGAUGAACCCAUUUGAUAUGAAGUUGGUUAAACUCUUUUUGGAGAGAGCUACACGUCUCAACUGAAUCACAGCCUUACAGUCGUCUGCUGUUACAGGUGCAUGUAUGCCAACAGCUGCAGUCCGUGUGAUUAUGUCCCGUCUUUGGCACUUUUAUUGAUUAAACCAAAGGUUAUUUUUUUAUGUCAAACAUUUUUGCUUGUUCAGGUUCAUGUGUGUUGAUGUAGAAAAUAAAAUACAAUGUCAAUACAA